AUGGCGACCUUCACCAAAUUGGAAGAUCAUGAGACGCCUCUCAUCUCCGUUCACCCCUCCAGGCGCAUCUCCAAAAUUAACCCGAACAUUUAUUCCGGUUUUACCGAACAUAUGGGUCGGUGCAUUUACGGCGGCAUCUACGACCCUGGAAAUCCCCUGUCCGACGAGAAUGGGUUUCGCAAGGAUGUACUGGAGGCAUUGAAGGGCCUCAACAUCCCGGUCGUGCGGUAUCCUGGUGGGAACUUCUGUGCCACAUAUCACUGGCUCGAUGGUGUCGGUCCCAAAGAUCAACGUCCAUCAAGACCAGAACUCGCAUGGCUCGGAACCGAGACGAACCAGUUCGGCACUGACGAGUUCAUGCAAUGGUGCGAGGCUCUGGGGACCGAACCAUAUCUUUGCUUCAAUUUUGGCACCGGAACUCUGGAUGAAGCCUUGGGGUGGGUUGAGUACUGCAACGGUACCGGUAACACGUACUAUGCCAAUCUGCGCAGAAAGAACGGCCGCCAGGAGCCUUACAAUGUCAAGUACUGGGCCCUCGGAAAUGAAACAUGGGGACCCUGGCAAGUCGAGCAGAUGACGAAGGAAGCGUACGCUCACAAGGCCAUUCAAUGGGCCAAAGCGCUCAAACUCCUCGACCCCACUCUUAUACUGAUUCUAUGCGGUCAGGAUGGUACUGCCUCAUGGGACUACUACACACUGAAGCAUUGCCUUGUGCCAGCUCAUUCAGCCCUAUCAACCAGCUCAGUUCCUCUGAUCGACAUGCACAGCAUCCACCUGUACACCUCCUCCUCACCCCAUCUCCCCAACGUCACGGCGCCACUCUCGGCCGAGCGUGCCAUCGAGAUCACCUCCUCUCUGAUCGAUCUCGCCCGGGCGGAAAACCAGGUUCCUCCCGAGCAACUCCGACCCACAAUCUGCUUCGAUGAGUGGAAUGUCUGGGACCCAAUUCGCGCGGAGGGAAGCAAAGGUGCCGAAGAGAGCUACACGCUCUCCGAUGCUCUCGCUGUGGCCGUUUGGCUGAAUGUCUUUGUCCGGAAGAGCAAAGACGUCGGCAUGGCCUGUAUCGCGCAGAGUGUGAAUGUUAUCUCGCCCUUGAUGACCACCGAAAACGGAAUCACCAAGCAGACCACCUGGUGGCCCCUUUGGUUGUUCUCGCGCUACAUGCGUGGUUGGACCAUCGGCAGUCAUGUUUCCUGUGGGACCUACGAGGGCGAGACCUCCCCCAAGUGGAUCCGCAGUGCGAAGGAUACACCUUGGUUGGAUGUUAGCGCUACCCUGGGAGAAGAUGGGUUCGUUAACGUUGCUGUGGUGAAUAUACAUGAGGUGGAGGACUCGGUGGCCCGGGUUGAGGGGGCCCAUGGGAGUGUGACUGUGUUCACGGUGACGGCUGACGAGUUGUCGGCGACAAAUAUGAAGGGUAAAGAAGAAGUCGCGAUCCAGGAAUCAACCUGGAAUGGUGAGGGUACAUACACGUUCCCGCGACACUCGCUUACUCUACUGAGAUGGAAGGCUGAGUGA